GUGGAAGUAUAAUCGCAAGACGAAGAAGGGUUUCGUGAUUAUUGGGAUGAAUAAUCAGUGCAUUUAUGGCUUCAACAGGGAAUGUUAAGUCAUAUGCCCAUAUCUUGUCUUCGUAUACCGAACGUAACUGAGUUUUGUGAAACGAUUCAGCUUCGACAGUGUCUUCUUGGAAGACUAAUGUCGCAGGCCAGCAAAUUACCACGAAUUUGCAGAAACAUUUUGUUAGCUAUUUCCAUUACUUGUUCGUUCCAGUUCAAAAUAGAUAGUCGAAAACUCGACGAAGAAUAACGUUGUCCACAACGCACUCCCCAUUGGUUGUAGCCCAACAAUCAAAUCCUAUAUAAAGCUAGUUGCAAAUCAAUCGAGUCUUAUUAUUCUCAUCAUGGAUUCCAAACAGGUAUUGAUGCUGCUCGUCGUAGCCUUUUGUGCUGUGACGUGCAGACCGACGGAGAAGGACGAGUCUUCCAUCCACAAACACCCAUCGCUUGGAAUAGUUCACAUUCGUUUUGUAUCCGAUACUGGCGUUGAUGAACUUUUGGGAAUCUUCAAUCCAGAGGCACUCGAACGUUCUCUAGAAAAAUUACCAGAGAAAAUCCCUUCGUCUGAUCUCGAUAAACCGAUAGAAAAUCCAUUGGAUCAGAAGAAAAGCGAACCGAAUGUGGAACGUCCACCAAUGGAGAAGGACGUCGAAGAGAAUCCCGUGCGUCUCAUCGACGAAAAGGAACGUGAAACGAAUCCUAUCAAUUUGCCGGAACAGAAGGAAAGGGAACCUAUUCUGGAGAAUCCAUUGAAAGGAGAAGAUAUCGAGAACGUGUCACCUGAACGCGAACAAAUUCGUCAGCGACGAGAAGUGCCCAAGAGUCCAUUGCUAACUGAUUUACACGAGCCGAAGUUGCUGCACGAGUCACCAGGCAAGUUGCAGGAACAAAAGGUUGGCAAAGAUUUCAUUAAGAAACAAGAAUCUCAUCACUCGAGUCCAGUUGAAACUCGGUUUGAAUCGAAACAUGGCGAGUCGGAAAAUAUCAAUCCUGAAAAACCGAGACUCGGUUCAGAAAAAUUGAAUCCUGAAAAACCGAGACUCGGCUCAGAAAACGUGAAUCUUGAAAAACCAAAACUUGGCUCAGAAAAUGUGAAUCUUGAAAAACCAAAACUCGGCUCAGAAAAUGUGAAUCUUGAAGAACCAAAACUCGGCUCAGAAAAUGUGAAUCCCAAAGAACGGAAAGAGCGUCCUGACGUGUUAAAAGAGCCGGAAGAACAACCCCAGAAAGAACGUUCUGACGAGUCAAAAGAGUCGGAAGAAGAACGAAAAUCGGAAUCAUUUCCUUCCAUAUUAUUACCACCUCGAGUCAUGUCUAAACGAAGACGUUCCAUUCUAGACGGUCUGCCAGUGGGUGAUGAUGGAAGGUACGAUGAGAGGUCUCAUUACCGUUUACCAGGUUCUACCGACGUCCAAUUCAAUGAAGAUAGGCCUCGUUACGGAACGAGCGGAACGUAUGGCGACAUGUCACGUUACAGGGUAGAUGAUCCGUACGGUUAUGGAAGACCUGGUGGCAUGGACAGGCCAAUCUACGACGAUAGAUACAAACCGUACGCAACUGAUACUCUGGUCGAUAUCCAGAUGAAAUGAGAACGUGAUGGAGGACUUGGUGUGGAAAUGAAAUUGCUGAAAUCGUACUCUUUUUAUAUUUUCUUGAGUUCUAUCCACAUGUCUUAUGUUUUUUGGUUUGUCAUAAAUUUAUCUCAAUGUAGUCGGUCGUUUUUCAAUAUAUUUCUUGAUGGAUGGGA